UUCCUUUCAAGUAUCAACUCUUCACAAGUCUCAUUAUCAGCUCAUCUUACCUUCUAAAACUGUUCGGGCAUUUCGUGUCUUCAAGAAAAUUCAAUCUGUGUCAACUAAAUUUUAAAGACAGUCCUGUAUGUGAAAAUAAUGAUGCGUCAAAGUGUUGACACUUGUUUACACAAGUGUCUACCAUCAGGGUUGUAUCUGAUGAAUCGAGCACUGUAGCGCGAAUUACCUUGUCAACUCUUCUCGCUCCAUCAGUCCCAAUCAAAGAGAAAGGAAGAAUCAGCCAGCAGUAACUUUAUUCCCCAAUCUCCAUAGAUUCUUUAUCUAAUCCAUUGUGAAUUAAAUUUUCCUAACCAAAAUGGAUUUGAUGAAAAAUCUCAAGUUACCGGCACUCCAGCUGUGGUACUUCCUUUUCUGUCUAUCACUGAUGGUUGUUGUUUGUCUAACGGAGGACGAUUACUAUGAAGUCUUGAACGUCAAGAAAAAUGCCUCCGAAAAAGAAAUAAAGAAAGCAUUCAGGCAUUUAGCAAAGCGUUGGCACCCAGACAAGAAUAAAGAGGAGGGAGCAGAGCAGAAGUUCCAAAAAAUUGCUCAAGCAUACGAAGUCCUAUCGGAUCCUGACAAGAGGAAGCAGUAUGAUCAGUUUGGCUCAGCCUCGUUUGAAACUGGAGGUCAACCGCGACAUCACACAUUCAACUUCGAUGAUAUUUUCAGUGCCUUUGACGAUGACUUCGGUAGUGGUCAAACAUUCUUCUUCAGCUCUCACGGCAACGGAGGAGGCGGAAGUUUCCAUCACCAUGGACAUGCUGAAAAGCACAGGCAACACUUCAGCUUUGAUGAUUUUUUCAAUGAGGGAAUGUUCGAUCAAUUCCACAUGCAAGACCAGGAGCAGUUCGGGGAUGGUGGGUCGUUCUUCGGCGGACAUUUUGGCGGUGGCGGCGGCAACCACCAUCAUCACCACCAUCAGGCUCACCAUCAAGCUCACCAUCAGGCGCACCAUCACGCUCAACAAUUCCACCACCCGCACGAAUCCAGCGGCGGAUACCAGAGGACAUGCCGCACCAUCACCCAGCGAGUCGGUAACACCGUUGCGACUUACAAGCAGUGCUCAUAAGCUUUGUAGAGUUUUUCUGAAUUCAUCGACUAGAUUUGUACUUGGUUACCAGUUAAAAGUGAAAGCUCUCCACUCUGGUUGUGAUAGAUUGUCGAGUGUGGUGCUUAAGGGUUUGUGCCUAUCAAUUGAUGAUCCUGAUGAGCAAUAUUUUGUUACAGGGUACGACCCCAGUCUCUUUCCCUGAGAUUGAAACAUUGAAGAUGCUGUAGAUCUUUAUCCAGCGCAAUGCCUUAUAGCUCCUGCUUAAUAGCAUGACUCACACAGGGUUGCCAUAGUCAGGGACUUUUGAAAGUCUGGUAAAACGUUGAAAUGUUCGGGAAAAAUUGUUAAGGCACCUUUAUUUUCUUUCCAGAAUGGGGUGGACGUUUCGUAAAACAAUAUUUGCCCAAAAAAGAUUUAAAAUUAUGUCUUUUAACCAUCUGGCAUAUCUGCUAUUAUCAGGGAAUGUACCAAAACAUGACCGGGGGAUUUUAAGACAUUUUAUUUUCUAAAUUCUGUGGCAACCCUGCACACCCAUGAAAUCUUGCCUAAUUUUUCCACAGUUUUUAUUUCAUCACAGCCCUCGGGCAACAAAUAUGCUACCUCUCAUUUUGAAAUAGACCACAUCACUAUGCACGAUAAUAGAAGAAGCAAUGAAUUACUUGACUGGAGGUUCAUGAGAAAACAAGACCAAAGUAUAAGUCCAUAGAGCGUUUUUCUUUUUAUAAUUAGAUAAGUGUAACUUAAUUUCAAUCAGGCUGCACUAUUAGUUAGACAACCUAUUCUAAGUGUAUGGAAUGGUAUUUCACUUUUUUCAGAGCCAAGGUAGAUGACAAAAAAAACUGUUCCCACCUUGGUCUGGUGGAUACUGAGUCAAAGAGCAGAAGGAUGAAACGAAAAGUAGAGGUUCUAGAGCAGUCUAAAAAUCAGUCAAGAAAACUAAUCUUUUCUCCUAUUUGAAUUUUCCCAGAAUUUUUAGACUUUUUUUCCGUUGAAAAAACUAAUAUUUGGUGUAGAAUCAGAGCAGAUUCAUUUCAGUGUUCCACAUUCCACCGUAAAAGUUUAAGACUCACCUUAAAGGUCUUGUUUACAGAACGCUUUAAAAUUUCCAGGAAAAAAAUUAAUUUUUCCCACAAAUAACUCUAUUUAAAGCUGCUCCUACUAAUUCCUCAUGAGUCACCGGAAGAUUAUCAAGCCCCUUCUCGCUGUUUUAUCCUUGAUUGUUAGGCAUCUCCUUCUAGCUGCUCAAUCAUUUUGUCAUCUGCCCCAUAUUUUUGAUCUGGAUUUCUCCUCAUCCCUUCUAUGGCACCUGGACAUUCAGUGUGUCCUGUGGUCAGGACAGUAUGUCUUUUCCAUCCUGUUUUAAAUGUAGAAUGGUAGCUAUUUUUUUUCUCAACUGAUUGAGGAGUUCUGAUAUAGAUGUAUUGUGAUGCACCUAUGUUCCUUGCUUUUGGAAUUUGUUUACUUGUUAUCAGCUCUUUGCAACUUAAGUGAUUAGCUCUUAUAGUUUAAUUUUAAACGGUUUAAGAAAAGUUUAGUUGAGAUUAAUCAAAAGGACGAGUACUGUAGUUGAAACUGCGACUGCCAGUCUCACUUUUUUAAUAUCUGCUCAAAACUGAAUUUAAUACGAAAAAGUAUUUCUACUAUUUUUUGUCAAAAUUUGAGCCAAAGUAUUCCGCUAUUUGUUCAGGUUGAUAACGGAAGAAAAAAUUGCUGCUUCUUCUGCUCCUGUCCCCCUGAUGAGUAGCUCCUUUUAGAGAAGAUAUUCAAUAACUUUGAAGCAGCGAAAUCGUUGUUUCAGGCCACUUGGUGGAAGAAGAAUUGUCGUUCAAGAGAUGCUCUUGUGAGUGGAAAGUAAAUCAGUUUGAUGUUUAGUAAAAAGAGAAAAGAAAGAGAGGAAAAUGAAUGAAGGGACAAUUUUUGAGUUUGAUCAAAUAUUUCCAAAACCCUCCGAAUCCCACGGCCAUCCCAUUCAUAUCUCCCGGUGCUUCCAAAUCAGCAGUUCCUUUUAUUUUGGCCAAUAUUUGGGUUGUGAAAGUCGAGACACAGGCUUCUUAAUUACAGGCGUUGAACAUUUAUUAUGUUUUUUGAAUGGAAUUAACAACUCAGUAUCAUUAUUUCUUGGAGUUUUUAGAUAUAUCCCCUCAUCGAAUGUAGAAUAUUCCGCGAAAAUUUCUAACGAUAUUGUUCGUUUGUUUCUCUUUACCCACUAGAAAUUGGACAACAGUAAAACUUUUGAAAUGGCACAAUUGAGAUUUUGUGUUUUUGACUUUCACAUCCUAAUUUUACAGAAAGGCAGAAAAAUUAAGUUUAUUUCCGGCCAAUAAUUUGUGUGUGUGGCCAACCUUUCACUCUUGUUUCCAUUAUUUCUUACAACCUAUUCAUGGAUGAAUAUUGCUGGGUUCAUGCCAUUCUGCAGGGAAAUGAAAGCGAAAAAAAUCCAAAAAUUAUAAUUGGAGUCACAAAAUGAACUCUUCUGAGUUUCAGUAGAAAACCAAGGAGGAGAGUGUUUAGCUCGGGUAGAUGCAUUGAAAUUUCAACCCAAACUCCUAGAAGUUUAUUUUGUGAUUCUACUUCUAACUUUCGGACUUUUCGCUUUGAUUCCGUUGCAGAAUAACAAGGACCCUGCAUUAUUCUACCAUCCAGUUACUUAUUGUUGCCACAUUUGCAGUUCAUGCAUGAAUAGGCUGAAAAUUUUGCAGUCUUAUCGCCCUUUUUUUCUGCUUUUCCGUUAAGGAGCCGAUUUGAUUUUUUUUCUCUCAUUUUUACACAAAUUUAUAAGUCUCUCAGAUUUCUCUACCUAAGCGUUCCAUUUUUGUGAAAAUUUGUCAGGAUUCCAUAGACAAAGGAGUGAAAACUCUCAAUUCCUUUUUUUCUUUUCUCUAAUUUAUCUCCGCGUAUGAUUUUAGUUUUCUGAGUUUUAACAUCACCCUUUCAGGAUAAAACAAUGCAUCUCUCCUGAUUCAGCGAUUCAUGCGUUCACUUUCAUAGGUUUUAACCUUUAGGCUAGUGUAUUUAAUUUAUUUUUUUUAAACUGUCACACUGCUCUGCGAAUUAAACUUUACCAUAGGACAUAGUAUGAAUCUUUUGUUUCAUUUAAUUUAGCAGAAGUUUGAGGCUCUAUUCUGGUCUGAAUUGAGUUUGAAGUGCGUUUCAGCUGUAUUUCAACCGUAAAAUAUGUUAGUUUUGUAUUGUAUUGGUUCCAUCACAAUACAAAGCAGCUGAUCGUUGCAAGUAGUUAUUUCUGUUGAAAUAUGACUGUAUUGUAUACAGGCCACAGUUAAUAUUGUCUGUUGGUUUUAUAGAAUGAAACUUAGUUAUGCAUAAAGGCCUCUAUCAGCUGCUCUCAUAUACUUUUGAAAUCUUCAUGGAUUAUGCCAUUUUAUUUUCGAAAUACUGUCGUUGAAUAUUAAUAGAAGAACAUUUUCCUUAAUUUUAUGUUCUUCCUUAGUGAAAAUAACAGAGAUUCAUUCAUUCAAAAUUCCCCUAAUUUUACUUUUAUUUCUUCGACAGUGAUAUAGUGGAGCCCUGAUUGACUUUCAAUUCGUAAAAUUUGUUGCCAUUUUUGCUUAUAGUUUUUGCCAAAAUUUUUUAAUGACAGCUGUAGAUCACACAUUUUUUACCCAACAACAAGGAGGGGAGAAUUUAAUACUUUCUAGUGUCAUUAUUUGUUGCUCACAUUUAUGUAAUAAGUGUGUAACAAGUUUGGGAAAAGAGUCUGUAAGCGACUCUCCCGACUUUUUCAUUAUUCAACACCCUUUACGCCAUUAAUAGUCAAAUAAUCAAGGUUUCACUGUAUUAAUUUUUUUUUUUUUUUUUUUUUUUUUUUUUUUUUUUUUUUAUCGUUUAUUGCACUUAUUCUCUUUAUUGCUCCAAAAUUUUUCUAGUCAAUUAGGUAUGUAUGUUAUCGUGCGCCAAACUUUUUUCCUUCUAUCAUUGAUCAUUCAUGUCCUUUUGUUUCAGGACGAUCAUAUUUCAUUUCAUAUCAUCUCUUUUUUCUUCUAUGAAUAUUACUUAGACUGUGAAUCUUUUAGACCCUCUCCUCAAGGAGGUAAAUGGAAAGUACCAAUCCCUAAACGUUGAAAUGAUACCCAAAGAAAGUAGGGUACAUUUUUCGAAAAUUGUGUUGUUAUGACACAGUAAAGUUAUCUUAGAUCUUGUUUUUUUUGUUUACAACUUUUAUCAUCAAAUGGCUUAUUUUGUAAUGAUGGUGUAUUUGUCAUACUGAUGCACCUCUCUUCAAACAAGUCAUUUAUUUGUUAAUUCAACAGUGCUUAUAAUGUUGUUUCUAAAUUGUCUAUGGUUGUUUUAUAAUUAAUUGUCUUUCUUCUUCUUUUUUUGUAUUAGGAAGUAUUAUCAAAAAAUUGUAAAAUAAUUGUAAAUAUCAAGUUAAUAUAAUUUUGCAUUGAAAUGUGA